UAGAGAUAAUGCCACAACUAAUAUAGAAACAUCGAAAGGAGAAAGACUGAAGUUGCGAUGUCCUGUUUAUGGUAAUCCGCGACCAACAUUACUUUGGUAUCAUGAUGAUCAAUUGAUUCCCAGUGACAGUUUACAUGUCAAAAUGAAUGGUUAUGUUUUAACCAUUAAAAAUGUUGAGUCUUCAGAUAAUGGCAUUUAUGCAUGUAAAGGUACAAAUAAUUUAGGAACAAUUUGGCGAAAUUUUUCUAUUUAUAUUAAAGAACCCUUAAUGCAAGAUCAACCAGUAACAGAGGAAAAUAUUAUUGUUAAAAAUAGCGACAGUACUGGAAAUGAAUCAGCUCCUUAUUUUGUUCAUCAAAGAAUGAUUCAGCUAAUAGUGAAACCUGCUGCAAGUUCUGUUACCUUGAAAUGUCAAGCUGCUGGAAAUCCUCCACCUAAGCUAGUAUGGGUAAAAAAUAAUAGACCUGUGACUAGAAAGUUAAACAAUAAGGUAACAUACAAGAAAUGGUCAAUGCAAAUGGAUAAUUUAAUGUCAUCUGAUGCUGGAAAUUAUACCUGCAUUGUUUCAAAUGCUUUAGGAAGUAUUAACUUCACAUAUACAUUAGAAGUUCAAGAAAUUGUUCCACAUAAACCCAUUUUUAAAGAAAAUUAUCCAUCCAAUAAAACUGCUUAUUUGGGUGAAACAGUUAAAUUUCAAUGUCUUUUUAUAAGUGGAUUUCAUCCAUUUGUGAUGUGGGUAAAGCGUUACAGUAUUAAUGGCACCUGGGAUGAUGAUGGAAUGCCUUAUGUGAAAAUAUUACGGAAUAAUACUGUGCCCAAUCCUAAUGUGUUAAUAAUUGAAAAUGUUACAUAUGAUGAUGCAGGAUGGUAUACUUGCAUAGCUACUAAUACUUUAGGAAGUAGUUACCGGAAUGUUUGGUUGGAAGUUCUUUCCCCUGAAAAUGAAAUGGAUAAUGCACAUUACAAUGAUCUAUCUGGAAAUAUUAGUUAUACAUCAAUAUGGAUUAUCGUAUCAGUUGUAAUUUCAAUUUUCAUUAGUGCUGUGGGUAUCUAUGCAACAUAUCAAUGUCGUUUGGUUCAACAGAAAAAGAAGAUCAGUUUAAUUUCUCCUCACAUGACUAUAAAAAAGAAAAUAAUUUUAGAACAUCAAGAUACAGAUUCUUCACUAGCACCCAUUGUAAAAAUAGAUAUUCCACGUGAUUCUCUAUCGGAAUUUAUCACAAUUUCAGAAUAUGAAGUUCCUUUAGAUCCGAAUUGGGAAUUUCCAAGGGAAAGAUUAGUACUUGGAAAGUUAUUAGGACAAGGAGCAUUUGGACAAGUGAUGUUGGCAGAUGCUUACGGGUUAAAUGACAAAGAAGGGAUUACUGUUGUGGCAGUUAAAAUGCUGAAAGAUGGACAUACUGAUAGAGAUGUAACUGAUUUGGUAUCUGAAAUGGAAGUUAUGAAGACAAUUGGGAAACAUGUGAAUAUUAUUAAUUUACUUGGUUGUUGCACUCAAGAUGGUCCUUUGUAUGUCAUAGUUGAAUAUGCUCCUAAUGGAAAUCUAAGAGAUUUCUUAAGAAACAACAGACCAAAUUCUGGUUAUGAAAGAGCUAUAGGUGAUACUGGCAUUACACAGUUUGUGACAUAUAAAUGCCUUGUAUCAUAUGCAUUUCAAGUAGCUCGUGGAAUGGAAUAUUUAUCAUCAAAAAAGUGUAUUCAUAGAGAUCUAGCUGCACGCAAUGUUCUUGUAACAGAAAAUUAUGUAAUGAAAAUUGCAGAUUUUGGUUUUGCACGUGAUGUUCAAAAUAUUGAUUAUUAUAAAAAGACAACUGGAGGGAGAUUACCAGUGAAAUGGAUGGCUCCAGAAGCAUUGUUUGAUCGCAUUUAUACAACUAAGAGUGAUGUAUGGUCAUAUGGAGUGCUGUUGUGGGAAAUAAUGACUUUGGGUGGAACUCCUUAUCCAUCUGUUCCUGUUGAAAAUUUGUUCAAGCUUUUAAAGGAAGGUCACAGAAUGUAUAAACCUGCACACUGUUCUUUGGAAAUUUAUUUAAUUAUGCGUCAGUGUUGGGAUAGUUCACCCCAAAAACGUCCAACAUUCACAGAAUUAGUUGAGGAUUUAGAUCGUAUUCUGACUCUGAGUUCUGAUCAGGAAUAUUUGGAUUUAAAUAUACCAAUUUUGGAUACGCCAACAUCAUCUAUAUCUUCCAAUGAAGAUGUAUUUGAAAAUGAAGAAACUAAAAUGAAUGCAUAACUUUCUAAAACAGGUUUUUUUGUGUAGAGAGUAUUAUGCAAUUUCUUUUAACUAGUCAUUGUCAAUAGAGAUUAUACCAAAGAAAUGGCAUUUGAUUUCUCCUACAUAUCUUCCUAAUUGUCGACCAAAGUUCUAUAAAAAUGAGUUUCUCAAGUUGAAAUUUUUAAUUUUGUAUAUUAAUUGUAUAUAUUUUAAAAUUAUAAUUCUUUUGUCUAAAGAACAAUCUGUAUUUUAAUGGUACAUAUCUUUCUUUGUUAUUAUGUAAUUACUUUUCUAUUUAUUUUUUAAUGUGCAAAGUUUGCUAAUUACACUAAGUGCCAAAUUUCUUGUAGUUCACAGGAAAUUACAUUUUUUAUAUCAAAAAUAAUACAAUGAUUUUUAUGAAACAAAAUUUAACAUGAGGUACAAAUUUAACAUUUUGUUAAAAUCAGUAUUAUAAUGUAUUUUUACAUUCUACAUAUUCUUUUACAACUAUUUAAAUUAUUUAAAUAUUAAUAAUAUGUAAAGUUUUCUUAAAUGGCAAAGUAUAUAGUUCCAGAAAUCUCAUAUUUAAUGUUUAUAUAAAUAUACAUCAUUUAAUCAAAUUUGUGUUAUCAUAAUUAUAUGAUUUUAAUAAUUGUAAGCAUAAUUAUGCUAACUUUUUACCAUUUAUACUCAAGAAUAUUACCAAAAGUCAAGGUUAGUUAUAUUUUAGUAGAGAAUAUAUUAAACUUAAGAUAUUUUAUAGUAUUCAAGAAAAAAAUUUUUUUGUUUUAACUAAAUUAUUACAUUUUUGACUUAAAUGUUUAUUUUUACAAUAUAAUUUUAAAUAUCUAACAAAUAAGGUGAAUGAGUUUAUUAAAAUGUUAUACUGUAUUUGCCAAUAACUAAAAAAAAUUAGACUAGAUAUUCUAAUACAGCUAAUUGCUGUUACAGAUUGGCCUAUUACAUAUUGUACUUUUGAUGUUGCAUUAAAAGUUUUAUACUGAUAAA